CAUUUAUCGAUCAGCAUCAUCAUGCCUGAACCAGCGAAGUCUGCUCCCAAGAAGGGCUCCAAGAAGGCCGUCACCAAGACCGCCGCUAAAGGAGGCAAGAAGCGCAGAAAGUCCAGGAAGGAGAGCUACGCUAUCUACGUGUACAAAGUGCUGAAGCAGGUUCAUCCUGACACCGGCAUCUCUUCGAAGGCGAUGGGGAUCAUGAACUCUUUCGUCAACGACAUCUUCGAGCGCAUCGCCGGUGAGUCGUCUCGUCUCGCUCACUACAACAAGCGCUCCACCAUCACCUCGAGAGAGAUCCAGACCGCCGUGCGUCUGCUGCUGCCCGGAGAGCUGGCCAAACACGCCGUGUCUGAGGGCACCAAGGCCGUCACCAAGUACACCAGCUCCAAGUAGAGCUCCGCUCCGCUCCGAGACACAAAGGCUCUUUUAAGAGCCACCCAUCUCAUCACUUAAAGAGACUGCAGUAUUUUAAUUAUGUAGUUAUAGUGAUUUUAUUACAGUUUUGAAAACGAUAGUAACGAGGCUAGAAGUUUUUUUUUUUUCCCUUCGUAUAAUCACAAUAGUGUUGAAUGCAUUAUAUGUAAACGUCUACUGAUGGCAUCGUGUAUUCCUAUAGAAUGGCAAUUUCCGAUUAAAAAAAAAAAUUAAAGCAUGUUGCCUCUUGUA